AUGAAGAAUCCUCUCAUAAAACCUGGAGAUAACCCCGAUAUCACUAAAGAACGACUUGCUGGCACUUUCGAUAUUCGACAAAUGGGCAGCUUCCUCUAUGGAGGAGAUGAAGUGCUUCAGAGACGAACAAAGAUUCUGGAAUUCGUCAAAUCGAUACCAGAACUGCACGAUCCAUUUCCGGUUGACUUCAUGACACGUGAGGAACGGGUUGAGAACGUAGCCAGGAAGGUUGUUGCGAUGACAAAUUAUGUGGACUUUAUUGACACUUCAGACUUUUUUGGAGAAGGAAUGUAUUUUCAAAGGUUAAUCAUGCGCCGUGACCUGCAUCCGUUGUCCUUGCAUUUUGUCAUGUUCCUGCCGACAAUCCAAGGCCAGGGCGAAGACGAUCAACUGGAUGAAUGGCUAUCGUUGGUGGCUGCUCGUGGCAUCAUUGGCACCUACGCCCAGACUGAACUCGGACAUGGAACUAAUCUGAAAAACCUCGAAACAACAGCCACCUACGAUCCAAAAACUGAAGAGUUCGUUCUCCAUUCACCUACAAUCACAUCAGCUAAAUGGUGGCCUGGUGCACUUGGAAAGUCGUCCAACUAUGCGGUCGUCGUAGCUCAGCUCUACACUCAGGGAGUCUGUAGAGGCCCUCAUCCAUUUAUCGUUCAAAUUAGAGACCUUGAAACCCAUAAACCUCUAAAAGGAAUCCGUGUUGGUGACAUCGGGCCAAAAUUUGGCUUCAAUUCGGCUGAUAACGGUUUCUUGUUGUUCGAUAACUAUCGCAUACCUCGACAAAAUAUGUUGAUGAGAUACUCAAAGGUGGAAAAAAACGGCACAUUUAUUGCACCAAAGCACUCGAAACUAAGUUACGGUACGAUGGUGUUCGUUCGGUCGAUAAUGGUCAAGGAUCAGGCGACGUUCUUGGCUGAAGCCGUUUGCAUUGCCAUCCGUUACUCAGCGAUUCGGCGACAGGGAGAAAUUGAACCAGGAGCAGGUGAGGUCCAAAUUCUCGACUAUCAAACACAACAGUUCCGCCUUUUUCCGCAGUUGGCGCGAGCGUUCGCUUUCAUGUUUGCUGCGUACGAAAUCCGUGAUCUACAUAUGAAGGUGAGCGAACAGCUCACAGAGGGAAAUGUCGACCUUUUGCCAGAGAUUCACGCGUUAUCUUCUGGAUUGAAGGCUGUUAUCACUUGGGAAGCUGCACAGGGGAUUGAGCAGUGUCGCUUGGCAUGCGGUGGACACGGCUAUUCGCUCGCAUCCGCAUUUCCGGAUAUCUACACUUUUGCAGUUGCUGGUUGUACAUACGAAGGCGAGAACAUAGUUUUGCUUCUACAAAUGGCCAGGUUCCUAAUGAAAGCCGCCGAAGAGGUGCGUGGCGGUAAGGCGCGGCUGGCGGCGAUAUGCGAGUAUCUCACGAAACCAAAUUCGCUUCACUCCAGAUUUACCAGUUGCAGCGACUAUUCAGAUGCCGAUAUUAUACAUGAUUUCGAACAUAUUGCCAGGAAACAGGUCUUCAGAGCAUACGACGUUUUAAAGAGACACCGGAGAGAAACUUCCGCUGAAGAAGGAUGGAAUCGCGCUUCAAUUGAACUUUGUAAAGCUUCCCGGGCACACGUUCGCCUUUACUUGGUACGUACUUUCCUGGAGAAGGUCGCCACUGCUAAAGACGCAUCCAUUCGAGCGCCACUCACCGAUCUUACCAGACUUUACGCUUUUGAUUUAAUCACCACAAGUCUAGGAGAAUUCUUAAAGGAUGGUUUUAUAUCCGAUGCUCAAUCGGAUGAGAUUCGUCAGGGUAUCUAUCGUUGCUUGCAAAGACUACGACCAAAUGCCGUUUCUCUUGUCGAUAGCUGGGAUUUCGACGACUUCGAAUUACAUUCGGUUCUUGGGCGCCGCGAUGGCAACGUUUAUCCAGCACUUCUCGAAUGGGCUCAAAUGAGCCAGUUAAACAAAACUGAGGUACUACCGACAUUUGAAAAGUACCUGGGACCAAUGAUGAAAGAAAGCCGAUCAAAGUUGUAA